UCUCUGCCUGAAUAUUGCCUGCUAGUGGUCAGAAUAUCACAAAAUAUACAAGAAUUUUCACCCAGUGCUGCCUGUCUCUUCUCAUCCUCAGAUCUCAUUGUGGUCAUAGCCUCCAUUAUCGUGCUCAGUGUCGGCUCCAACGGGCAGGUGUUCGCCACGUCUGCAAUUAGGGGGAUUCGAUUCCUUCAGAUACUUCGCAUGUUACAUGUGGACCGCCAGGGAGGAACGUGGAGGCUGCUAGGAUCUGUAGUUUUCAUCCAUCGCCAGGAGCUCAUCACCACUCUGUAUAUUGGCUUCCUGGGUCUUAUCUUCUCCUCCUACUUCGUCUACCUGGCUGAGAAGGAUGCAGUGGAUGAAGAGGGGAGGACUGGAUUUUCCAGCUAUGCUGAUGCCCUCUGGUGGGGAGUGGUCACUGUGACGACGAUCGGUUAUGGGGAUAAAGUUCCUCAGACGUGGAUUGGGAAGACAAUUGCGUCUUGUUUCUCUGUCUUUGCCAUUUCCUUCUUUGCGCUUCCAGCUGUGAGUAAUGUGUUUUUAUAUGUGUGUGAUAAAUGUAACUGCAUCAUAUGCACAGCUCUUUGGAGUUAUUUAAUAAUGUCAGAUAGGAUUAUAGUUACAACAAAAGAGUGA